UGGAAGUUACACCAGGAAGUCAAGACUUCACCUGAUCGUGGGCACCCAGAGCAAUGGAUCAUGGGUUGUUACUUUUAAGCGUUCAAGAUCAUUUUUCCUUCCCACAUCUUCAGUCCAGACAGUGCAACCUAUGAAACAAGCAGAUCCAUGGGGAUGGACCAAAGGCCGGAAGACGGCCCCAUUAGCGUUGUCUUCAAGUUUGAGAUGCAUUGCGAGAAUUGUGUCCAGAAAGUCCGCCGAAAAGUCGAAAAAUUCAAAGGCGUUGAGGCCGUCGCGUCAGACAUCUCGGCAAGCAAGCUGACUGUGAUUGGAAAGGUGAAUCCUUUUGAGCUUCGGGACAAGUUGGAGAGCAAGAUGCAUAAGAAUGUCGAACUCGUUGUCGCCGAGCAAGAGAAGGAGAGCGCUAAGGCCGAACAGAGCUCGGAGAAGGAGACGAGCGAUAAGAAGAAUGUUGCAGCGGCGGCUUCAGGGCAGGAUGCGGGGAAGGCUGCUGCCGAGGCAGCGGUCGCCGCAACAUUAGAAGCGAUCAGGAGGGAGUACUACAGCCGUUGGUACAGUAACUAUCGGCUGGGUCCAUCGCCGUCCUUCAGGGAGGAGAACCCCAAUGAUUGCUCCAUCAUGUAAUCCGGGUUAAAUAUGAAUGAAUGCUUGAUGUGUCGUAAGUUAGUGAUUCGUGCGCAAUAUUAAUUUCUUAGGUUUAUAUUAUGUGGUUGUUUGGAUUUAAAGACUUUGGGUGAGGCAAUCAUUAAAGGUUCAUUUAUGGUCGUCUAUUUGGAGAUCUAU